AUGGCCGCUAGAUCAUCGCAUGACACCCAACAGGACUUGGCCAUCUCCACAGAUGAUGAGAAAGGUGGAUCCAGCCAGGCUGCCAACGCUCCCGUCCCUGACCGAUUCCUUCCGCUAGGGAAUGAGAAGGGCGAUGAAGAAGUAGCCCUCGGCCCCGAAGCACAGAAGCAGUUGUCGAAAACCCCGACCAAUGUUAGCCAUGUUGGCGCACUGGCCAGUAGAACCUUGACCCUAGUCCGCACCAGGGAGUCUGGAAGGGACCUGGGACCUCCCCCCGAUGGUGGCUUCAAGGCAUGGUCUCAAGUAGCCUUGGCUCAUUUCGUCAUCUUCAACACCUGGGGCUACAUCAAUAGUUUUGGUCGCACCCCGUCCGAUAUCUCCUGGGUAGGCAGUAUCCAGAUCUUCUUACUCUUCUUUGUCGGCACCUUCUCUGGACGCGCAACCGACGCCGGGUAUUUCAAAGCCAUUUUGACCGUGGGGGCUGUCCUGGAGUUGUUUUGCAUCUUUAUGACCUCCCUGUGCACGCAGUACUGGCAGCUGUUCCUGGCUCAGGGCGUUGGUCAGGGCAUCGGUUGUGGACUGAUGUUCUGCCCGACCAUUGCGCUGAUGCCGACCUACUUUACCAAAAACCGAGCGAUUGCGAUCGGAAUCGUGGCCUCGGGCUCUGCCACUGGCGGCCUGGUCUUCCCAGCGGUCGUCAUGCGACUCCUACCUCGGAUCGGGUAUGGCUGGACCAUGCGGACCCUGGGGUUCAUCUCAUUGGCGACGCUGAUUCCAUGCUUGGUGUUUCUCCAGCAACGACUGCCUCCGCGUCGCAGCGGACCGCUCGUCGAAUGGGGGGCGUUCAAGGAGGCGCCCUAUGCGUUGUUCGCCCUGGGGAUGUUCCUCAACUUCUGGGGUCUCUAUGUAGGGUUCUUCUACAUUGGGAGCUUCGCCCGCAACAUCAUUGGGGUAUCCAACUCGACGUCGAUCGACGUACUUCUAGUCAUGAACGGCAUUGGUCUGCUGGGCCGGUUGAUCCCCAACCUGAUGGCCGACCGGUAUACGGGACCCUUGAACAUGUUGAUCCCCUUCAGUCUGGUGACGGGAGUGGUGGCAUUCUGCUGGGCUGCGGUUCACACUUACGACGAGAUGUAUGCCUUCAGUGCGUUCUAUGGGCUGGCGGCAGCGGGAAUCCAGUCGCUCUUCCCGGCCACCCUGAGCACGCUCACCACGGAUUUAAAGAAGACAGGAGUGAGAAUGGGCAUGGUGCUCAGUGUAGUGGCUGUGGCUGCGCUGAUCGGCACCCCGAUCGCCGGGGCACUGGUCGAUCGGGAUGAUGGACAAUAUCUGUAUGCGCAGAUGUUCAUGGGCAGUGCCAUUCUGGCGGGGACGCUGACCUUAAUUGCCGCGAGAGUGACGAAGCUGGGGCUGACCUGGCAACGAGCAUAG